AUGCGAGCCCGUGGCUUGCGUACAGCCCUUCGGGCUUUGUCAGCGGUUGCUCAAAUCCACCAUGGAUAUGCCGCUUCCAACUUCCCCGUUCCGUGGAGCGUGAAGUAUUACGGCCCGGAUGGACCGUGGCAGGCCAUCAGUGUCAGCGUUGGUGGAAUUGACACCCAAGCUACAACUCAAGUCGACCUGUAUCCCAGCGGGGCGUAUGGAUCACCCAUAAUAACUUCCGAGGCCUGCGAGCCCUACGACGACACUCCCUGCGGCGCAGGUGGUCUUUGGUCUCCGACAAACGUGGACGCGACGGCUACGAGCUACAGGCAGGGCUGGAUUGGACAUGCGGACCAGGUCGAAGCGUACGGCGCCUCGUACAUCCAAGCCAUGACCAUCAACGGCCAAACAGUGCCGUACGUCCCGCUGGUAGCCAUCGACAACGCCACCAUCACAAGUCCAGCGGGAAAGAAAUACGGCCCGCAAUGCGGCAAUCUCGCGCUGGGAAUAGGCGGCGGAGUCCAGACCCAAAACUUCCCAGACGCGUCGUCCGACGUCGACACGGGCUUCAUGUUCUUACCAGGCCUAUACAACCAGAGCAUCAUCCCUUCCUACGCCUACGGUCUGCAUUACGGCUCCGCAACACUCAAGUACGGGGGUUCUCUAGUGUUCGGUGGCUACGACAAAGGCCGGGUGUUGGGCCGAUACACCAACUACACCGGCAGCGAGAUCACCCUCCUCGACAUCGGCAUCGGCGUCGAAAAGGGCGGCUCGCCCUUCGCCUCGGGCGCCAAGAGCAUCUCCGGCCUGCUGCUCAACAACACGGGCCAACCAACCUCGGUCACGGUGAACCCCAACCCGGGCAUCCCGGGUCUCUACCUGCCCGGCAAGACGUGCCAGGAGAUCGCCAAGCACCUGCCGCUCACCUUCGACACGACCCUCCAAUACUACGUCUGGAACACGGACGACUCGCAGUACGAGAAAAUCAUCACCUCGCCCUCCUACCUCAGCUUCACCUUCCCCUGGUCCGCCGACGACGACCCGUCGUCCUCCUCCCCGUCCAACAUCACCAUCAAGGUCCCCUUCCUCCUCCUCAACCUCACCCUCGACGCCCCGCUCGCCUCGACCCCGACCCCCUACUUCCCCUGCAUCCCCAUCGACCCCACCGGCGGCGACGUCUACCGCCUCGGCCGCGCCUUCCUGCAGGCCGCCUUCACCGGCCACAACUUCAUCGAGACGCACAGCUGGCUGGCGCAGGCCCCCGGCCCCGGCUCCGCGCGCGACGGCCUCGGCGUCGACCGCGUCGACCUGCAGGCGCACGCCACGGCCAUCGAGACGAGCGACGAGGGGGACGACGGCGAGGUCUGGGCCCGGACUUGGGACGGGUAUUGGGAGCCCUUGGCCGAGGACGGGGCGCAGACGGCGACGCCGACGGCGUUGAGCGGGGACGGCGGUGGAGGCGGCGGCGGCGGUGAUGGCAGCAGCAGCAGCAGUGGUGGUGGUGGGGAUGGUGAUGACGGGAUGAGUACCGGGGCGAAGGUCGGGAUCGCCGUGGGUGCCGUUGCGGCGGCGGCGGCGGCGGUCGCGGCGUUGUUGGUGUGGUGGCGGCGGCGGCGGAUGAGGGCCAAGGAGGAGGAGGGGGCUCGGACGAUGCGGGAUGACAAGUGUCCGUUUGGCUGUCCGUAUGGCGCGCACGUCUUGCGGUGUCCGUUCUGGCUGCCGGAUUAUCCUCAGCCGGUGGAGCUCUGGACGCAGCCGCCGAUGCUACAGGGGACUGCGGUCACGUACGAGCUACCAGGCAGUCGGCCGUUGUCGCCGAGGGAGUUGGAUGCCGGGAGCAAGUCGAUGAGAUCAUGUAGGCAGUCGGGGGCGUGA